UCGACUGUCUUUCGUGACUACUUCUUACUUGCUCUUUUUUCUUCUUCAACUACAAAAUAUAAUGGCUGGUAGUGGAAGAUAUAACGAUUUUAGGGGCUAUGGUGGGGGACAACGGCCCAAGAAACCUCUGCCGACAGAGCCUCCGUACACCGCAUUUAUCGGCAAUUUGCCUAAAGAAGUAGUACAAGGAGAUGUCAACAAGAUUUUGAAUCAAGCAAAAGCGCAAAUAAAUGUGAAAAGCGUGCGACUGGUGACAGAUCGUGAAACGGGGAUGUUCAAAGGAUUUUGUUAUGUGGAAUUUGAAGACUUGGAAAGCUUGAAGGAUGCCCUAAGCUUAAAUGAUAUGCUGAUCAUUGACGGGAACGCACUCAGGAUUGAUGUUGCGGAUGAUAAGCGGAACGACAGAGGAGGAUUUGACAGAGGCCGCAGAGGAGGAGGUUUUGGCAGAGGUGGGGGAAGGGGCGGAGAUAGAGGUGGCGAUCGCUCAUUUGAAGAUUUUGGUGGCGGUGGGAGUGGUGACUUCAGAGGCACUCCUAGGGGUGGAGGCAGAAUGAGCGGAACUAGCUUCAUUGACCGAGGAGGCAACAGAGGGAGUUAUGGAGGCUUUGACGCAGGCGAAACGCCAGACAAGGAGUGGAACCGCGGCGGACGAGGGACCAGCAACUUCAACCGAGGACGUCCGGACAAUCGGGAGAGAAGAUCUUCCCAAUACAGCGAGUCUGGCGACUUCACAUCCACAUCAUCCCCUGCGGAAGCGAGCAAUCGACCCAGAUUGCAACUUCAGCCUCGCACAGUUAAAGAUCCCCUAAACCAACUGGCUAACACGACACAAGCUUCGUCUAUAUUUGGUGGAGCAAGGCCUCGUGAAGAGAAGAUAACCGCAAACAAAGAAUAGUCAGUUGUCUUGAAGAGGAAGCUGGAUUUCGCACUGAAGACAAUUACGUUGUUCGGUGCCAAAAUUUACUGAUGGGCAGAAGAUAAUGUAUUCAUAGUUAAGCGUGUAAAAGAGGAACAUAAUUGAUUGUGAUAUAAUUAACAUUAACGCCUGUCCAGUCACUUCCUCGAUUCUUUUGUUAACUUUCUUAUUUUUAGUAUCUUGAAUUUAGAUAUAGAUUUCUGUAUAUCACAUACGUGUUGUUUUUCUACAGUCAAAAGAAGAUGUUUAGUAACGUGGAAACGUUUGAACGUCCAUGUCGGUUACUAGCUAAACUAACAUAAAUAUUUUAUGUUUAUGUUCAACAGAAUUGUUUGAAAUGUUUGUAUUUGACUCACGUUAAUUUAAGUAUGCUUACCUGUUCCUAGGCUCAAAUGUUCAAAUAGAAUAUGUUGAACAUUUAUAUGAAUAGUGACCCAGUUUGUUAUCUAAUAAUUCUUAUGCUUUAAUUUUCCUCUUGAAGCGUGUAUCAACUUUGCAAUUUUUUUCUUAUAAAUAUUUAGGAUUCCCAUACAAAUUUAAGUUACUAGGGUGUCUGUAAACUCGAGCUUUUUUACGCAAUAUAAAUUGUAAAUCAAUCAAUUAGUUUUUUGAAGUGUGGAAAGCUUUGAAGUAGCAGUGAUAAUUUAGAGAAGGUUUUGAACUAGGAAUAUUUUGUUUUGUGUUAUUUCAUGGUAUGAACACCAUAAGUACCAGUAAGUGUUUCUUUCUUUAUUUUGGAAACAUAUUUUGAUGUUUGGAAACAUGUCAAUUUCUGAAUAUAUGCAAAUUACUUACGCAUUCUGUGCCUUCCUAUGCACUGGGAUUGUGACAGUGCUUUAUAUGUCAAAUGUUUUAUUUUAUUUUAUUUAUAUAUAUAUAUUUUAUUCAGUUAAUUAUUCAGUUAUAAUUUUAUCUUUUUUAUGCACCUGAGUAUAUGCUAAGAUUUACAGAUACCCCUUGUUUCCUGUACUUAAUAAUUCCAUAUUUUCCCCUCAAGUAUGAAUUGAUUUAUGUCGAAACCUAAGCAAAUUUAACAUAGCAAAUAUCUAUUAAGUCUGAUUAAUAAUAAUGAGUAAAUGUAAAAUAUUGUAAACAGUUAUUCAUUUUACUUUAUUGUGUUGAAUUUAUAAUAAUGAAAUGAUUUUGUAAAUCACCUAAUAAUAUAUCCACUUGAUAAAGUUAAUGAUUGUAUAGAUCGGAUAAUGUGUGUUAGGUUAUAUAAAGGGUUAACACAUAUUGUGAACAGUUUUACUAAAAAUUGUUUAUAGUUCAAAAUAAGUUUUAUUGAUUUAAAAUCACUUUGUCAAGUGGGUACUUUACAGAUGUAUUAACAAAACUUUUUUUAAAUGAUUUAAUAUUGACAAUACUGACGUUGAAUAGUUUCAAAAUUAAGUUAAAAAUGUUUAUAGCAUUCAAAUCGACUUAGGGGAAAUCCUUGUGAAAUGUGUUUAAAAUAUUUACUUAAAUAAAAUCUAAGAGUUUAAUGUUACUGGAAAUGUAAGUUCAAAAGGUUUUGUUAACCGGAAGUAUGCUUGAAAGAAUUGCUGUUAUUUUUAAAAUCUCGUUCUUAGCCAUAGAUACAUAUUUUUGUUCAGUGUCAAGACAUGAGUUAUAAUUGUAAGUUUAGUUUUUACAUUUUGUUCAUAAUCUAAAAUACUUAUUUUAGUAUGAAAUUAUGCUUGAAAGAUUAAUUUAAGAUCAAGAAGAUUAAGAUAAAUAAAAUCAUAUGUCAUUUUACUAAUUUGGUUCAUCAUAACCAUAGAUAAUUAUUUUUGUUCAGCAAUCAAAACGAGUUAUAUAAUCAAUUGUGAGUUAAUUGGUGUUUUGAUUGUGGUUUUUGUUUUUUCGUAUGUCUAGUGUAGGUGGGUUUUUGGUUGUUUUCAUACUUUCAGAGGAUUUAUAAUAUAUUUAGCCUGUGCUGUUGAGCAGUCCAAAAGAAAAAUGUAUUGCUUCUACGUAACAAAUAAAUAUUUAAACUUUUUAUGACUAUCAUUUGACGGAACAGUUUGUAAAAAACUCUUUAUGGUCCUCUACCCAUUUAUAGACCUUGAUGCAUUUUCAUAAGAACUGUAAUGAUUGGGUUUUGUGUUAAUAAAAUCCGUUAGAUACAACAUCUGAGAAAGAUGAUAA